AGCCAGCGCCCCUAGAGCUGGAGAAGCGGCGGCAAGCGCGUGCCUUCUUGAGCGCAGAGUGAAGAUGGCGUUGGCAUGAGGUACAUUCAAAAACGGACGAAAUAAAUUUUUAUCUACCACAAUUUUUCCACUCUCAUAGUUCUUGUCGCAAAAUUUACUAUACGACUGGUGUUGAUUUAGAGGGCGGCUGUUGAAGGUUUUUUUUUCGAAAGAGAGCGAGAGGGGGCGGGUAUCUUCUGCGUUUACUUGCGCAGCCUCACACAGACGCUCAUGAAAUCAACACACGGACGUUUCACUUCCACAUUUAUCGGUCGUUUUCAGGAUUUUCUGGAUAAAACACAACUUAAUCGAUGUGAGGCCAUCUGACGGACACUGGCCGUUGAUAAUUCACCUGCGUUUUUCGUUUCGUUUUCCGUUUUUUCCUCACCUCAGUCGAGCGUUCGUUCGUCGGAUUCGUCAUGAAUUCCAGCCCGCUUCCCAACGGCAGAUUGCUGCCGGACAGCCAGAGCUGGAACUCCUCCGGUUCCGACGAAGAUCUGGAAGCCGAACCAGUACCCGGUCUGCACGGAGGGGUUGUGGAGUUCAGCGGGGUGCUUAGUAAGUGGACUAACUACAUUCAUGGCUGGCAGGACCGUUGGGUCGUCUUGAAGAACAACACCUUGAGUUACUACAAAUCCCAGGACGAGCGUGAAUAUGGCUGUCGUGGUUCCCUUUGCCUCAGCAAGGCUGUCAUUACACCUCACGAGUUUGAUGAAUGUCGGUUGGACAUCAGUGUCAAUGACAGUGUUUGGUAUCUCCGGGCUCAAGAUCCAGAACAUCGGAACCAGUGGAUCGACUCCAUCGAGCUUCACAGGGCUGAGUCUGGUUAUGGUUCUGAGUCCAGUUUAAGGAGACAUGGCUCAAUGCUCUCUCUCACGUCUGCCACUAGCGGUUAUUCAGCCACUUCCACUUCCUCAUUUAAGAAGGGUCACAGUCUACGAGAGAAGCUGGCAGAGAUGGAGACGUUUCGAGACAUUCUGUGCAGGCAGGUGGACACAUUGCAGAAAUACUUUGAUGGCUGUGCUGAUGCUGUGACUAAAGACGAGCUGCAGAGAGACAAGAUCGUAGAGGAUGAUGAAGAUGACUUCCCUACCACUCGCUCCGAUGGAGAAUUUCUGCAUAACAACAACGGCAGCAAAGAGAAAUUAUUCCAAAGUCUGAGUCAUAAAGGCAUUAAUGGGAUAGAUUUUAAAGGAGAGGCCAUCACAUUUAAGGCGACCACGGCGGGAAUCUUGGCCACGCUUUCUCAUUGCAUCGACCUGAUGGUAAAGAGAGAAGACAGCUGGCAGAAGAGACUGGAUAAGGAGAUGGAGAAGAGGAGGCGGGUGGAGGAAGCUUAUAAAUCAGCUCUGUCUGAGCUCAAGAAGAAGUCUCAUUUCGGUGGACCAGACUAUGAGGAGGGUCCGAACAGUCUGAUCAAUGAAGAUGAGUUCUUUGAUGCAGUGGAGGCUGCGUUGGACCGACAGGACAAGAUAGAGGAACAGUCUCAGUGUGAGAAGAGCAGGAUACAGAGGAACAGUUCGGUGUCUGCAGGAGAUGUUUACACCAGCGUGGGCACACACAGAUUCUCUGAGAAACCUUCCUCUCCUCCUCCUCCUUCUCCUUCAUCAUCUGCUGUAGUCUUCACUCCUCUCCAUGAGCACAGGUUCAGUGCUGAGGUGGAGGAGAUGGUUAAGAAUCACUUGACCUACUCACUACAGGAUGUUGGUGGAGAUGCUAACUGGCAGCUUGUGGUAGAAGAAGGAGAGAUGAAGGUGUACAGAAGAGAAGUGGAGGAGAAUGGGAUUGUGUUAGACCCUCUGAAGGCCACACAUUGUGUUAAAGGAGUCACAGGUCAUGAAGUUUGUCAUUACUUCUGGGACACAGAUGUUCGUAAUGACUGGGAGACUACUGUUGAAAACUUUAACAUCGUGGAGACGUUGUCUGAUAACGCCGUCAUCGUCUACCAGACCCACAAGAGGGUGUGGCCGGCGUCCCAGAGAGACGUUUUGUAUUUAUCCGCCAUCCGUAAGAUUUUGGCUAAUAAUGAGAACGAUCCAGACACGUGGCUCGUCUGUAACUUCUCUGUUGAUCAUGAGAAAGCACAGCCAAACAACAGAUGUGUUCGUGCUAAAAUCAACAUUGCCAUGAUCUGUCAGACCCUGGUCAGUCCACCAGAGGGCGACAAAGAGAUCAGCAGAGAUAACAUCCUGUGCAAAAUCACAUACGUUGCCAACGUAAAUCCUGGAGGCUGGGCUCCCGCUUCUGUCCUUAGAGCCGUCGCUAAAAGAGAAUAUCCCAAAUUCCUCAAACGCUUUACGUCCUACGUCCAGGAGAAGACCGCAGGAAAGGCUAUUCUCUUCUGAGUUUCUCAGUUCUGCCGUCAGUGUGCCUGCAGUCUGUGCACACUUUAAAUGCUACAGCGCCCUCUAGUGAUCAGACUGUUCAGAAGCCGCGGCGGCUCUCAUCUCUACACGCUUGAUGCAAUUCUGUAGCAUCACUUUAGACCACACCGGCAGAGGACUAGAAAUGCCAAACAUCUCAUCCAUAUUUUCUGGCAGAGAUAUAUAUUGAAAUAAGUAUAUAUGUAUGUAUGUAUGUAUGUGUGAUAGAAAGUUUAUAAAAAACAGAGAGUCGUGAAGCUAAAGAUUGCUCUAUUUUAGUUUUUUUCAUGUUGAUCAUCCAUUUCAGUUUUGCUUUAGUUUGGCUUGUAUAAUCCUCAAUCUUCGGUUCACAGACUCUCUCUGUACAUUAUUUCACAUUGAGCUUCAGUCAUAGGUGUUUAGUUUCAAUCAAAGGCAUGUUUGUAAAUGAACACGAGGGCUUUCAUCGGCCUGUGAACUUGCCUUUCAGUCAUAAUCAUUUCUUUUAUGAAGCCCAGCCUCUGGUGUUGACGAAGAGAUGACCCAAGUGUUUUUUCACUAUUUAGCCGUUCUUUUUUCCAGUUGUAUUUGUGUCUCAUUGACUGAAAGACUGUAGCACAAUUUCAAAUUGAUCGUAACGGUGUCAUGAGCACAGAUUUGUAUAUAAUUUCAGCGUUAUUGCUUGAAGUAUGUCAGAUUGUCAAUGCUUUUAUCAGACUAAUCCAACUCCAUAUGCCUUAGAAAGGGUGAGAUUGAUGUUUGCGUGUGUAUAUGUGUGUGUCCUACUUUAAAAUCUCUAGAAAAGUGCCUCGUUGAUCUGGUACACAUGAUUGGAUUUAAACUUACAGCUCUGGCAUCUUUAAUGUUUAUACGGCCAUUUCAUUUUGAUUAUUUUUCAGCUCUUAUUAUAUUAUUAUUAUUAUUUAAAUGUGAUUUUGCAAUCGGCAAGGACAGAAGGUAUCGACAGAUGAAGCGUCCCUGUCUAAUGCCAAUGUAAUAUUGACUGUACUAUACUGGACGUGGUAAAAACAUGGGGCGGGGUAGAUGAUAGCUAGUUGUACAUGGGGGAAUUAGUUAUUUAUUUUUCAUGAUCCAAAGUAAAACAAGGCACAAACUAAACAUCACAAUGUUGUAUUAUCAUAAAACAAAGACAAGAUCUGAACAGAGCUGAAAUGAGAUUUCAUUGUCAGACGGUUUGCUUUACGCCCCAUGAAAGACUGUUAAAAACUUAAGAGAGGACAUCAAGUGUAAACUGCAGCAUCUUUAUGGUGACGCUCCAAACACUCGCUGAACCCGAAUGUACGAACCCACCACCAUGAACCUGAAUGUCUUCAAUAUAUAAGACAUGCCCUGAUUUUCCCCAGCAGGGUAGAUGUUUACUAACUGAAGGGUUUUCAGCUGAUCGGAGCGAGCGUUGUGUGUGUGUGUGAGGAUGAGAUGUGCGUGCGUGUGUGAGGAUGAGAUGUGUGUUCCUCUAGUUCUAGUUUGUCAUUGUUAGCUCUGAAUGUAUGUUCAUCGGGGUUCAAAUGUUUUGUGUACAUAAAACAUCACACUAAAGAUGUCAGGAUGACAAUGUACUGUGAACUGAGGGAACACUGCCCUGAUUAGAAAGAAAUAAAAUGAUUGACAUCUUUCUGCA